CUGAGCUCCAAUCAAACUACCCUACCCAACAGCACAUGCGGUGGUGAAGCGGAAGAGGCGGAGUUGGAACCAAAAUGAGGGAAAAUAAGAACCCAUCUGAGUCCCCUUCACAAGCGGGAAAAGAAAUACCUGCGAAAAAACAAAAACACAGCAGUGACGAGAACAGUAACCCUGAUUUAUCAGGAGAUGAGAAUGAUGAUGCUGUCAGUGUUGAGAGUGGGACCAAUGCAGAGCGCCCAGACACACCCACUAACACUGCCAACGCCCCAGGCAGGAAGAGCUGGGGCAAGGGCAAGUGGAAAUCCAAGAAGUGCAGAUAUUCAUUUAAAUGUGUCAACAGCCUGAGGGAGGACCAUGGCCAGCCACUGUUUGGAGUCCAAUUUAACUGGCACAGCAAGGAGGGAGACCCUCUGGUGUUUGCCACAGUUGGGAGUAACAGGGUUACUCUGUAUGAAUGUCACUCUCAGGGAGAAAUAAGACUUUUACAGUCUUAUGUAGAUGCAGACGCAGAUGAGAACUUCUAUACAUGUGCCUGGACCUAUGACACCAACACAAGUCAUCCACUGCUGGCUGUAGCCGGGUCCCGUGGUAUUAUUCGAGUGAUCAACCACAUCACAAUGCAGUGCAUCAAGCAUUAUGUAGGCCAUGGGAAUGCCAUCAAUGAACUCAAGUUUCACCCGAGGGAUCCCAAUCUCCUACUUUCUGUCAGCAAAGAUCACGCCCUUCGUCUAUGGAACAUACAGACAGACACAUUAGUGGCAAUAUUUGGUGGUGUGGAAGGUCAUCGAGACGAAGUCCUGAGUGCCGAUUUUGAUCUCCUGGGUGAAAAGAUUAUGUCUUGUGGGAUGGACCACUCCCUAAAACUUUGGAGAAUCAAUUCAGAGAGAAUGCAGAAAGCUAUCUGUGGAUCUUAUGAGUACAACCCCUCCAAGACCAACAGGCCUUUUGUGUCACAGAAAAUUCACUUCCCAGACUUCUCAACACGAGACAUCCAUAGAAACUAUGUGGACUGCGUGCGGUGGCUGGGUGAUCUUGUUCUUUCCAAGUCUUGUGAAAAUGCCAUUGUGUGCUGGAAACCAGGAAAGAUGGAGGACGACAUUGAUCACAUCAAACCAAAUGAGUCUAACGUGACUAUUCUGGGACGCUUUGAUUACAGUCAGUGUGACAUUUGGUACAUGCGUUUCUCCAUGGACUUCUGGCAGAAGAUGCUGGCUUUGGGAAACCAAGUGGGGAAGCUUUAUGUGUGGGACCUUGAAGUGGAAGACCCGCACAAAGCCAAGUGCACCACACUGACCCUCCCCAAAUGCACAUCAGCCAUCCGACAAACCAGCUUCAGCCGCGACAGCAGCAUUUUGAUAGCCGUGUGUGACGACGCGUCAAUCUGGCGCUGGGACCGACAGCGCUGAGUAACUGACUGAAAGACAUUUAUUCUUCAUCCUUCCCCAGCUUGUUGCCCUAUUGUACAGAUCUGCACUGCAAAAAUUGUCAGGUUGAACAUUAGUCUAGCGUGUGGUUUAAAAGCAUUUCCUUAAAAAAGUGAGAAGUCGGGUCAAGAUGGUGAGAUGGUCUUUGGUUAGUCCAGCCAGUCUUUUGGCAGGAUUCUUUGUGAAAAAGAAACGAUUCCUGAGAUGAUGAAAGAACAUUUUAUAUCCGACACCACGUCUGGGAUUUAUUCCUUUUUAGAUGAACUUUUGACCCACAAAUAAACAAGCAAAAAGAAAAAGCUUUUUCCCCUAAUCAUAGAUAAAUGUUUUAUUGUAUGAUUUUGUACUUUAAGAAAUGGUAGUUAUAAGCAUGUUGGUGAAAUAAUCCGCUCCUGUAUGCCUUCUAGCUUCCUAUGCAGUUUGAACAUUCACAGUAAAUAACACCACUUUAAAUUCCUGAGAGAAGAUGAGUUGUU